AUGUCUUCUCAAAGUGAAACCAUUGUUACCUCCGAUACUUCGCUUCUUCACAACGUUAACAUGUCAAACGUAACAAAGCUCACCGCCACAAACUUCAUGAUGUGGAAGCGCCAGGUGCAUGCCUUGUUGGAUGGUCAUGAACUUGCUGGAUAUCUCGAUGCCUCCAUCAGUGCUCCCCCUAAGACCAUCACCUCCGAUGGUGUUGACAAGGUGAAUCCUGCGUAUAGUCACUGGAAACGACAUGAUAAGCUUAUUCUCGCUAGUCUCCUUGGUGCUAUCUCGGUCGAAGUCCAACCCUUGAUGUCCAAGGCAGACACCUCUGCUCAGAUCUGGAGCACUCUGACCGACACUUAUGCUAAGCCAAGCUGGGGGCAUAUCAAGCAAAUCCGGGAACAGAUCAAAACAUGGAAGAAAGGAGCUCGAUCGAUUGAUGACUACGUUCAAGGCUUAACCACACGUUUCAAUCAACUUGCUCUGCUCGGGAAGCCUCUUGAGCAUGAGGAUCAAGUUGACUAUCUUCUUGGAGGCCUCCCGGAAGACUUCAAGCCUGUGAUUGAUCAGAUUGAUGGCCGUGAUACACCUCCCUCUCUGACGGAGAUCCAUGAAAAGCUGAUCAACUAUGACUUAAAACUGCAAGCUCUUGCUCGCACCACCUCUUCCUCUGUUCUUUUCACUGCUAAUACUGUGUCGUUCAAGCCUUUUGGUGGUCACAACAACAACCAACACUUUCAUAAUCCGAACCGCGAGACAUCUCGUGGACAAUGGCACAAUCAGCAAGGCUUCUCGCGUGGAUCUCAGGGUCGCAGAUACCAAGGACGUUGUGAACUCUGUGGUGUCUACGACCACAGUGCCCGGCGAUGGUCACAACUUCAGUCCUCUGGUCGUGGCUCAUCAAGUGGAGGUGCCACUCACCACCUAACCACUGAUCUCUCGAAUCUUGCUCUUAAUCAGCCGUAUACCGGCGGGGAGGAAGUCACUAUUGCGGAUGGCUCUGGUCUCCCAAUAACACACACGGGUUCCGCCUUGCUCCCUACUCCAUCUCGUUUUCUAGCUCUUAAAGAUGUUCUCUAUGUUCCGAAUGUGAAGGAUCUGUGCACGGGGGCCCGGUUGCUCCAAGGCAGAACUAAGAACGAGCUGUAUGAAUGGCCGCUACACCGACACCAAGAACAGAUUUAUCUUCUUGGCAUUUUCGACUAG